UAAGCCACACUUGGAUAAAGGAUUCCAGUGGAGCGAGGAGGGACUUUCAAGUGUUGGAUCAGGGAGACCACAGGUCUGUGGUCCCUCAUACUGACACUCUGGACAGACUGGACAAAAGAGCAGAUAAGGAGAUGGACAGACGGAGCCAGAAGGAACACCAGGCCCAGGGCUGACACAGACCAACAUGACCUCUCCAUCUGGCUAUUUAACCUAAUCUGUACCUCCUGAAGACCGCUACAGGACGGAUGACUGAUCAUCGGGACUGAAAUCCAGCAGAAGUUGGAGGGAGUUCGCUAUGGAUAUAUACAAAUAUUUGAGCGUACUUUUCCUCACUCUACCUCCACAAGUUUGUUCCCAAGUUGGACCUCGUGCCCACGCUGAAGAGAGGCUGCUCCAGGAUCUGUUCGCACAUUACAAUAAGCUCUCCCGGCCUGUGGAAAACACUUCAGACACAGUGCUAGUCCACUUUGGCCUGUCUAUUGCCCAGCUUAUUGAUGUGGAUGAGAAGAACCAGAUGAUGACCACAAACGUAUGGGUCAAGCAAGAAUGGAACGAUUACAAACUCCGCUGGAACCCAGAGGAAUAUGAAAAUGUCACCUCCAUUCGUAUUCCCUCAGAGAUCAUCUGGAGGCCCGACAUUGUCCUGUACAACAACGCUGAUGGCGACUUUGCCGUAACUCACCUCACGAAGGCACACCUGUUUCAUGAUGGUCGGAUAAAGUGGAUGCCACCGGCCAUUUACAAGUCUUCAUGCAGCAUAGAUGUCACCUUUUUCCCUUUUGACCAGCAAAGCUGUAAGAUGAAGUUUGGCUCGUGGACCUAUGACCGCGCCAAGAUUGAUCUGAUCAGCAUGGCCAGCGAUGUGGAUCAGAUGGACUACUGGGAGAGCGGCGAGUGGGUGAUUGUCAAUGCAGUGGGCAAGUACAAUACCAAAAAGUACGAGUGCUGCACGGAGAUCUACGCAGACAUCACUUACUAUUUCAUCAUCCGGAGGCUUCCGUUGUUCUACACCAUUAACCUCAUCAUCCCCUGUCUUCUUAUCUCCUGUUUGACUGUUCUUGUGUUUUAUUUGCCAUCGCAAUGUGGAGAGAAGAUCACCUUAUGUAUCUCAGUGUUAUUGUCCCUUACAGUCUUCCUCCUGCUGAUCACAGAGAUUAUACCAUCCACAUCGCUGGUGAUUCCACUGAUCGGUGAAUACCUGCUGUUCACCAUGGUCUUCGUCACGCUCUCCAUCAUAAUUACUGUGUUUGUGUUAAACGUACAUCACCGUUCACCACAAACCCAUGGCAUGCCUCACUGGGUGCGGAGAGUGUUCUUGGACAUGGUGCCUCGAGUCCUUUUCAUGAAGCGUCCGCCAGGCACAGCCAAGCAGCACUGCAAGAAGCUCAUUGAGAUGAUGCACCGUCCCCCCACCAUAUCUACAACAGGCAACUCACAGGCCUUUUGGACGGGUUUAGAGACAGGGUUGAGACAAACAGCCCAGAUAGAGAAAAAACUCCCAAAGACUCCAUCUGACAGUCCCAGCAUCCUUGUCUGCUCACCCUCUCCACCCUCUUCCCCUCUUGAGGACCACAACAAGGAUGAUCACCCACCAAAAGCCAACAUUUUCUGCCAGUCCACAACCGGUCAGUAUUCAGUUCUCUCCGAGAAACAAUCCCUCCGAGGACACAACUCUGCGGCCUCAUCUUCUUCCCAACUGUCCUUGCCUCCAACUUUGCCACUGGGCCCACUACGCAGCCUAUCCAGGGAAGAACCAAAUACGCUGGCCCCAAAUGGCCGCUCCCACAGUGAAGAACAAGUGUGUGACCAACAGAAGGAGCUUCUCCAGAAAGCUGGGCAUCGGUGUCGCUCCCGCAGCUUUCAGUACUGCUGUCUGCACGAUGAAGGGCCUGGGCUCUUGGCAAUCGCAGGGUGGAUGAAGAAACAAGCUUCUACAGAUAACCUAGCAGAAACCCUCACCGCAGAGUCGACUAAAGAUGCAAGUACCCAACAGGACAACAUGGUUCCAACUAUUUCUCCAGCUAUGCAACGGGCCAUAGAGGGAGUUCAGUACGUCGCUGAUCAUCUCAGGGCAGAGGAUGCAGAUUUUUCAGUGAAGGAGGACUGGAAGUAUGUGGCCAUGGUCAUUGACAGGAUAUUCCUCUGGAUGUUUGUGAUGGUGUGUAUACUGGGAUCUGUGGGACUCUUUCUCCCUCCCUGGCUGGCUGGAAUGAUCUAGGAACGGGUGUCUGAGAACACUGACAGGAGACAUGUUGUUGUAUGUUGAAAAAAAAGGAAGAGAAAGACUUGUUUAUCACUUAUCUUUUUAUUUUAUAUUUUCCAAAGCAACUCCUUGGUUUUGCCCCAGGUUAUCUAAAGGUUACUCACAGAGAAACGAGAUGAAAUAUCUCUCAUUGAUUCCAGUGGGCAUAUAAAUUCUUUAUGAGGGCAAAAGGCCAACAGCGAAAAUACCUUUCCACACCACUCCAUUUUGACAUUGAGCUGUAAAGCUCAUUCUUCACCUUCUUUAAAAAAAAAAAAAA